AUACCCAACCGCACCAACUCAAAUCUCUUUCCUUCUUCCUCUAUUGCUAACAGAGAUCCCCCAACUAACAGCAUAACUAUACAUUCGCGAUCUCAAAAAUCAACCAAAAAAAUAAUUAAAAUUCUCAUUAUUCACCUUUCAUUAUUCUAUUUUUCUCCUUCCUUAUCAAAUUUCCGCCAUUUUUUCUGCUUAAAAUUCCAUGCAUUUGUUGAUUGAUUUAUAGGAGAAUAUUACACUUUCAGUUAUUCUAACAAUGUCUUCAUGGCUCAGAGCUGCUGAAGAUUUGUUUGAAGUUGUAGAUAAGAGGGCAAAGAGUGUAGUCGGCGAGAAUUCUGAUGAGCAGCUGAAUGUUCAGAGUCCAGUUCCGAAUGAAAAAGGAUCUCAAACAAAAAAGUCAAGGCAUAAAAAGAAGCCGCAAAAACGACGCUCUUCUAAUGAACCUUCAGGACCAAUCAAUUUUGAAAGGGAACAAUCUAGCGAAGGGACAUCACAGUCAGAUUUUGCCUCUGAUAAAGAUAAAGCUAUCGUACUUGCUGAAGACAGUAGGACAAAUCCAGGUAGUCCUAGCAGCAAAACUAGCACCGAAGAGAAGCUAAAAUUUUCUGAAGAUGGUGCCUCGUUAGAUGCUCCUAUAUCUGAAACAGCUUCUAACAAUGAGUUAAAUCAUCAUGCUGAUCAUGUGGAAGCGGUAGAACCUGUUGAUGUAAAAGUCGUUAGUUCAGAAUCUACUGGUGAGCAUACAGGUGGAAACACCUCAGAUAUUCCUGGAGAGACUCCUCUGUUGCCUACUGGAGAUGUGGUUGAUACUGUGCAGGACAAGUCUCCAGUAGAUUCCAGUCAAAGCAUAGUUCUACUUGAUGCAGGAUCUCCUGUGAACUUUCAGCAGGAAAGAUCUAAAUCUUUAACUGGAGAUGAACCUGGUAAAAUUGAUGGGCAGAUGAAGGAUGCUAAAACGAAGGAUGAAUCUAAUUCAGACCAGAAGCAACUUCCAGAGAAUAAAGCUGUUAAUCCAGGCGAGAAGCAGCUUCCAGAACGUAAAAAUGUUAAUUCUUCCAUGAAAGAACAAGAGCAACUUGAAGAGGCUCAGGGAUUGCUUAAGAAUGCAGCUUCUACCGGCCAAUCAAAAGAAGCACGGUUAGCUCGCGUCUGUGCUGGACUUUCAUCACGUCUUCAGGAGUAUAAAUCUGAAAAUGCUCAGCUAGAGGAGCUUCUUAUUGCAGAGAGGGAAUUGAGUAAAUCUUGCGAGGCUCGGAUAAAGCAGCUUCAGAAAGAUUUAUCAGCAGCCAAAAAAGAGGCGUCGAAGGCGGAGUCCAUUAUGGCUGAGGCUCUUGCUGCAAAGAAUGCUGAAAUUGCGGCUCUUGUUAGUUCUACGGAUGCACUUAAGAAGCAAGCUGCCCUCUCCGAAGGCAACCUGGCAUCAUUGCAGGCUAAUAUGGAGUCUUUAAUGAGAAACAGGGAACUAACAGAGACAAGGAUGAUGCAAGCUUUAAGGGAGGAGCUGGGUGCUGCAGAGCGAAGAUCAGAAGAAGAGCGUGCUGCUCAUAAUGCUACAAAAAAGGCUUUUAUGGAAAGGGAGGUGGAACUGGAGCACCGAGCUUUAGAGGCAUCCACAGCCUUGGCUAGGGCGCAGAGAACAGCUGAUGAAAGAACUGCAAAGGCAACAGAGCUUGAGCAGAAGGUGGCACUGCUUGAGGUUGAAUGUACAACUCUAAAUCAAGAACUGCAGGACAUGGAAGCUCGUACGCGCCGUGGACAAAAGAAGUCCUCAGAAGAGGCCAAUCAAGUGCUUCAGAUGCAGGCAUGGCAAGAAGAAGUGGAGCGUGCACGCCAAGGUCAGAGGGAGGCUGAAAGCAAGCUUGCUUCUUUGGAGGCUGAAAUGCAAAAGUUAAGAGUUGAAACGGCUGCCAUGAAAAGGGAUGCUGAACAUUACUCUCGCCAGGAGCAUGUGGAACUUGAAAAGCGGUAUCGUGAAUUAACUGAUCUAUUGUAUUACAAGCAAACACAGCUUGAAGCCAUGGCCAGUGAAAAAGCUGCAGCUGAGUUUCAGUUGGAGAAAGAAGCAAAGCGUCUUCAGGAAGUGCAGUUGGAAGCUGAAAGAAACAGAGCUUCUCGUCGAGCAUCAUCCUCGUGGGAGGAAGACACUGACAUCAAAGCACUUGAGCCUCUCCCUUUGCAUCACCGUCACAUGACAAGGGCAACAGUACAGUUACAGAAGGCCGCGAAGCUUCUGGAUUCCGGGGCUGUCAGGGCAACACGAUUUCUCUGGCGAUAUCCUACUGCUCGGGUUAUCUUGCUUUUUUAUCUGGUAUUUGUCCAUUUAUUCUUGAUGUAUCUCCUGCAUCGCCUUCAGGAACAAGCUGAUACUUUUUCAUCCAAAGAAGUUGCAAUAUCAAUGGGGCUCGCCAACCAAACCUUACCAUAAGCCAUCCUGCUAGAGGACCGACCAUUCAGGUUCUCUCUGCUCUGCUGAGUUGCGUGAUAAAGCCAGAUCUCAUUUGAGUGCCAAUAGUAGUAUCACAGAAUCACAAAAUGUGUGUCGAGGAAAAUUGCACUUGGAAGAUUAAGCGUGAUUUAUACUGUAAAUACAUUCAAUUGUUCUGUGAUGUAUCCACCAAAAAAGAAAUUGAACAUCAACAAAGGGCUAGGCAGGUUUCAACCGGUUCUUCCCCGGUAGUGAAUGUCAGCAUGCUACGAUGAAUCAGAAAACGGAAAGAAACUGUUAGUAGGAGCUGAAAACUGACGGGGGGGAGCAUCGCGUAAUUACAACACUCAUUUUUUUUUUUUUUGUUGGGGGUGGGGGUAACAAUUCUCCAUUGAUUGGAAAUUGUCUAUACAAGAGCACUUGGUGUAAGCUAUCAAAUACUUGAUCUGAAAUUGUCUUUUAACUUGAAAGGAAAGGAAAUGAUUUCAAUCA